CAGAAACAGAAUUAGUUCUUGGGUUGUCAAACCUUUGGCCAUGGCUCCCGGUGACAUGGAGGAGCUGACAGGCAGCAUGUUCGAGGAUGCUCGGACACUGUCUCAGAUGAAGCGAAGUCGCAUUGACCUCAACCGCAGGUACGUCUUCCUGUGCCCCACGGCCUUGAGCAAACACUUCGAGGCUUUGCCCUUGCCGGCCAAAGAGGCGGCGCUGCUGGUGUUCAGAUGCAAUCGCAACUUUGUCUUCAAAGACCCCCCUGCAGUGCGAAAGUCUCGGCUGCAGGCGAAGGUGGAGUGCGGGAACUCGGCGAAGCACACCGCCCCGGCGAAGCCGGGCCUAGCGGCGCUGUACAAGUCGGAGUUUUCCGAUGAGUUUCUGCAGUGGGUGCUGAGCAAAGAGAAGGAGGGAUGCGUCUUCUGGUUCAAGCCAGAGCGCGACCUGGAGAAGCUGUCGUCCUUCUUCGAGGAGAAGAUCGACCCCAUGGACGAGAUGCCGUACAGGCCUUUGCUGCUCGACGCCAUGUGGUGGCGCAUCCGCUUCGACCGCACCAGUGCGAGGUAUGUCGGCAAUCCCCGCGGGAUCUUGGGUGCCAUCGCGGCGUUCCACAUGUCCAGCCGUCAGGAGCGGGACAUCGACCUCCCCUCCCUGCAGGAGCUGAUCUUUCAGAGCAACCCCACGCUGGAGCCGGUGGUCAAGUGGCCACAUGCUCCUUCCAUGCGCUUUUUGCCCAGCAAAGUGGAUGACAUGGAGUACAAGGGCUACAUCGAGAGCAACCCCAGGCGGCCCGGCCUCAAGGGCGAGUCGGUGCUGGAGCGGAUCCAGCGGUGGCCAGAUCGGCCUCGGGCACGAUUAGACAACCUACACCACCACUGGCAGGUGCAGGAGUUGUCCAGAAGCCGGUUGCUGACCAUCGGAUCCUCGGUGAUCGGAUCGGGGUCGGUGACGGCAAGAUGAAAGUUCAUGCAGUUUCCAGCGUCUGCUGCCUGGGCCAGAGACGCUGAAGGAGUUUGCAUUUAGAACGCCAGACACAUGCAACCUCCAGGUUGCCUUUAUAGGCUUCCCUAUAUGUCCGCGGUUU